CCUAAUAAAGUUGUUCUCUCUUUGAAGCCGCCGCUCAGCAUGCCGGGAGUUGUAGUCUCGGUCCUCCGCUGUGGAGGUUCUUCUCAUGGACUGCUUAUUGGGACCAGGCUGAGAAGCAGGAGGCGGCGGUAAAGGACCGGGACGUUGGGAGAAGAUCAAGAGGUCGAUAACCUGAAGAAAUCAAUAUCUCCGCCAAUUACCGUGUAAUGAGAGGAAAAAAGAUAAAAACUGUCAUUGCUCGUGGGGAAAAGGUGUCCUAGAAAUGAAAUUGUGCUGAAUUCUCAAAGGUGAAAAGAUUUCUGAGAGCGGAAAACCAAUGGGUUAACUAUACGUACGUUUUAGGAGGAUGAACGUCGCCAUUUAAAACCUUAUCUCCGGCUCGUCUGCCGAAUAUUACGGCUGGUACACCUUACUGGUCUACAGCGAGACAUCCUCGAGGAUCCCACCACUAAAAUGAGACAAUUGAAAGGCAAACCGAAGAAGGAGUCUUCCAGGGAUAAGAAGGAGAGAAAACAAGCCAUGCAGGAGGCCCGUCAGCAGAUCACCACCAUAGUGCUUCCCACACUCGCCGUUGUGGUGGCAUUAAUUGUGGUGUUUGUCUACGUGGCGACCCGUCCAAACACAAUCGAGUGAUGCAGAUUCCCAUCGGUAUGGGUACAAAACGCUUCGUGCCAAUAGAACCAAACGCAACUUUUUCUACGUUGACCGUUUAUAAGGAGGAACCGCCCGUCAUCCAGGGUUUUUACCUGUCCUUUUAUUGAAUGUAAAAACAAAAACAUUUGGGAAACAGAAAAAAGUGCCAUAAUUUUUAUGUAAAAAAUUAAAAUAAAUCCCUUGUGCCUUUCUACAAAUGAUUCUUAAAUAUACCAGCUGAAAAAAUUGGUGUAGUUAAUAAAUCGGGGGGGGGGUCGGGCUUUCUUCAUUCAGAUUAUCAGCAAUGUUGCUAUAUUCUGUAUCAGCUGCCAAAGGACUCGAUAUGUGACGUCCGUGUAAUAUAUUGUACCCUAUACCCCUGAUAUUUAUUUUUGGAAUAAAGGAUGGAACAUCUGGUCCC